ACAUUAGACUAGAGAUCUUCUAUUAGAGGAUCUCUACGUUAGACGAUAUCAGUUUUUUUCUUUUUUUUUUUUUAAGCACAUGCGUUGCUGACACUAUUGUAUGUAUACAUAUACGCAUACGUAUAAAUUGCAUAAAUUGUGGUUGUAGUAGGCUCUGACGAUAUUGGGUGCGUUCGAAGAGACACGUAUUUGUAACAGUAACAUCACAGCUGGUGCGAUUGUUUGUUUUUCUGUUUUAUGCUUAAAAUGACUGCGUUCCGAAAUUCACCGCCAGUACUGAAAAGCUAUAGUAUACGUAACGUAAAUUUAUAGAUUUUCAAUACUUACAUUAAAUUUCGGAAUACAGCCAAUAUAUCUUAUAUUUGUAAUUGUAAAUAUACUACAUACAUAUCUGAUCUUGAAAUUUCGCGCAUUUCUGUUAGAACCAAUCGCUUAUGCGGCACCAACGUAUCACGUGAUCACGGCUCUCCUGCACAAAGCGCCACACACAUACACCCACACCCACACGCACACACUCACCCACACCCACACUCACACUCAUGAUGGCGACUGGCGUGCAGUGCGUGCACACGCCACACGCGCCAUACGGUGUAUGAUCUAGAAGGAUAAAAAUCCAAGGCGGGCGACACUGAAUGUGUCCUCUUAUAACCUCUAAAUCUUCAUUUUCGCACUUGUAUCUUCGCGAGACGAUACGAAGCGGCAAGUUAUUUGAAGUUAUUUUGCUAGCCUCACUUGGAUUCUGCACGGCCGAUCGUUCAUCUACACGAGAUUUGCCCGAGUUGUCGAUAACCACAGGUUAUACAUCCAUUAAGUGUGGGUCAUGCAGACCACUUGCAGAGUAAUGUAAUGAAUAGCUGUGGGAACUCUAAUACUAGCACGAGGCUACGUGGUUCCAAGUGCUCCGAGACUCAAGACGAGUCUAUAAAUCAGGGAGGGGAUAUAGAAAAAGAAGAUAGUGGUGUGAUAAGUAGUUACAGUGUAAAUGACUUUAAUGUACCACGCAGCACUCUGGUCAUCUGUCAGCGAAACUCCAACUACUCUUCAGAUCACGGCUUUGGUAGAUUUAAGCCAAGACUCAGUGGUGUUCCAAGAAAUGAAUUUCGAAUGGCACGUGGUGGCAGCUCUGCAGAUCGUGUCAGAGGUGCAACACGCGGUAGGGCUUUUAAAAAGACCCUUAAUGAUCGCGAAUCAAAUUCAGAGUCUAGCUAUCACUCUACAUCUAGACCCAAGUUUCAAGAAUCGUUGAAAAAUCAUGAGAAUGCGCAGGGCAAGUACUACGAUGAUAAAAGAAUAAAUGAGGACUCGAGAAUUUCCAAGCUUUUGCGGCGAUUGUGUCGCGAGGAUGAUUACGAUCAUCUUAUGGUGCUUUGCAAGCAGGUACAGGAAGGUAUCGUCGCACCUGAAAAUCAACGAUAUAUACGACGAAAUUUGGAGAGUAUCUGUGAAAAUCUGUUGGAUUUUUUACACUCUGGUCCUAGUCAGGAGGCAAGGCAACAGGUUGCAAAAUGUUUGGGUCGUAUUGGAUACGUAGUAGAACAAGAUUUUAAAAGAUAUAUGGAUUGGAUCUUUAGCAAAUACUUAUUGGAACAUACAGAUGACGUGAAAUGUCUAUUAAUGAAAUCGCUUAUCGAGACGCUCAAGAUGGACUCUGAAACAUCUAAAUUGAAGGAAUUCUCCGUGCCAAUGAUGUCUCAAUUACAGUCAAUAUUGGAAAAUGUUGAUAGAGCAGAUUUAUUGAUGGCAACUGUGGAUGCUAUAUUACUCGUCAUAGAUUCCUAUCCGGAGACAUUUACGACUCACUUCCGCGAUACCGUGGACAUACUCGUGGGUUGGCACAUCGAUUCCACGCAACAAAAGUCAGUUGUCGUUUACGCGAGUCGAUGUUUACAAAAGUUGCGCUCAUUCUGGAUAGCGGAUCUGCAGUUUACUCUGACAUUAUUAGGCCAAUUCUUGGAGGAUAUGGAGAGUUACGACGAAGAAUUAAAUUCGCCCGAAUCCGGACGUGCUUCGCCCGGCGACGACGGAUCCCCAACACCGAGAGAAUGUAUCCUGCGAAUCACGUCAUUAAUAUCUGUCUUUAAUACAGUAACCAAGAGCAUAGCCGAGCAUUUAAAUCCAAAUCUUGCGCCCAACGUACAGUGGUCUUUUUUAACAAAUUGUUUGUCCAAGAUGCUUAAAACCGUUGUUAAAGCUAUCGAAUUGGAAGAAGAGAAUGACACUUGGCCCAAAAUAUCUAAUAACAUGGAAAACUUGGUUAAAUAUGUAAAAGAUAUGAGCUCGUCGCAAAAACAUGUUGAAAUACUUUCCAAGCAUUUCAGUAAAGACGAGAUUACCGAGGAAAAUCUUAUUAAGAUGAUCAAGUUACUGACUAUAAAUAAGAGAAACGAUAAGAAGAAUUCCAAGGUAGCUUCCGACAAGGGAAAUACUCUGUCCAAGGAAAAAGGGCAGGUACUGAUGAACGUAUUGCGAUCGAUGGAACCGAGAGUUAAACAGAUUGAAAAUUUGUCGGAAGAGAAGGAAGAAUUGAUUGUAGUCGCGAACGAAUGCGCCUUCUUGCUCCUCGGUUAUCUUCAGAGUCGUGUAGCAAAGAAUCAUGAGCUUCUCUAUAAAUUUAUCCAUCUUCAAUUACAGAGAGUCAACAUCUUUUGGGACGAUACUAUUAUUUCGAUGUUGACUAUCAUAUCAAAAAUAAUAAAGGAGGUAUCCGCGAAUCUGCCACUAGAGUUGGUGCACACGUUACUCGGCAAGAAUUCCGCGCUGCUAAAAUUGAGAUUCCGAAAUUCUAUUCCUAUUCAAAAUGCAAGUCUGGGAGUAUAUCACAGCCUUCUGAGCCUGAAGAAUAUUCCGUUAUUGCAGGAAUCUUAUCGUUAUAUACUAGCGGAUUUGGAGAUUGCUUACAGAUUCGUACUACCUGACAUGGAUAUCUUGGUUGUGGACAAUCCGUUGAACGAUUUGAGAUACACCAAGAGCGACGUUGAGAUUGUGGUUACGUUCAUCUUACGCGCGCUUUCGGACAUAGCAAACGCGAGCAAUUCCAUCAUCGGAAUGUGGGCUCUGAAGCCGAGCAUAUUGGAACUUGUCGCAGUCAAGUUAAAACCAUACGACAAUACGCUGUCAAUGGCGAGUCCGUUUUUGCAAUAUAACGUUCUCUAUUUGCUCUAUGCGCACUGUUCCAGGUACAAUCACUUCGUUCCAAGCUCCAGCUUGAUAACGGGUACUACCGCUUGUCGCCCGAUGGAUAUGUUUCCCGGAACGUUGGAUGUACCCGCCACGUCACCAGCCAGCGGUCAUUUGUCUAUAAUUCUCAAUUUAAUAGCAAAGACGUACAACAAGAAUACGCCUGCGUGCACUUUGCUCCUUUUGUCCACUUGGUUGCAAGAGAUUUGCGUACAAUCUGAAAAAUAUAUCGGAAUCUUGAGCGAAACGCAGGAGUGCCAAAGCAUCAUUUCGAGUUUAAUCAAUUGCGGCGCUACGACCAAUGACGAUGUUGCGAACGCGGCGUGCAAUCUCUUGGAAAUGUUAAUGACUGCGAAGAAUGUGGUUUGGAAGCAAGAGACCUACUCGAGUAUCGUCGAUCUGGCGACGUUGCAUUUGACCUCGUGUAACAAGACUAUCCGCGAAAAGUACGGCGCGCUGUUAAUGUGUAUGCCCAUCAACAUUGUUAUACCCAAAUUAAAUAAACAGUAUUUAUUCUCAGAUACUAAGAAGGUACGGGAGAUUGUGAUCUAUUCGACGGAAUCGUUGAUUCUCGCUCAAAGAUUGCACAUGCGAGGUAAUAACAAUGGAGAAUUAUUGGCGCAACAUUUUAAAACGUACAUGGCGUUUCUACUGCAAGAACAUUAUCUCGACGCAUCCGGGUUGUCGGAGAUGUUUACUUUGUGCUGGCCAGCCGUACCGGAGAACGGAACUACGGCGAGGAUGUAUGAUUUGGCGUUGGCAAAUUGUUCCUUCCUGUUUUUCUGGAGUGGUUUCGAGGCGGCGCAGCACUGCGUCCUCAACAAGCUUCGCACUUCUCUGGGAAAGCCGCAGGACACGUUCACGUCGAUUGAGAGUGCCCUGAAAAUACUGGCUCGCGAGAUAUCGUGUCAUAGCAACGGAGUGGAAAAGGACGUGGUGAGGAAGGAGAGGCAGGGAUUAGAUCGCAUCUUGCACGAGCAUACGCGAGUGCGGCUCUUGAUCGAGUUUUUGGAACAUCUGGAGAGGGUGAUUCACAACGCGGCCGACGGUUGCGCGAUGGCGCUCCUGCCACUGUCAAAACCAGUAAGGACCUUUUUUCAUACAAACAAGUCGACGUGCAAGGAAUGGCUGAAUCGCAUACGAUUAGCCCUGUGCGUGGUCUCGUUGCACUCGGGCCUGGCGACGAGUGCGCUGCGAAACGGUCAGAGGUUACUCGAGGAUUUGAGCAAUGCCGAUAAUACGCAAGGCAUCGAGUUUGAAAGGGCAACACUGUGGACGGCACAGGCGAUGGUUGCGCUUGGCGAAGCGGAAGCGUUGCAGGGGCUCUACGUGUACACCAAGAACAAGGAUAGACAAUUUUCGUGGCUGAAGGCGGCGAUGGAGGAGGCCGCCGGGCGUUACGAGUCAGCGGUGGAUGCCUACAAACAGAUGAUUGACGAACACGUUCGCGUUAAAGCGACGAGCGACGACGAGUGCGGCGGCGGCGGCGGCAGCGGCAGCGGCCGAUCUGCGAGACUCGAGAGCGACAAUCAAGUGUUGGGCUUCUGCAUGCAAAGACUCUCCAAUUGUUAUAAAGCGGUCAGCGAUUGGUCUGGAUUAGUCGAGUGGAAAUCACGGGAGAACGAGAUGCUACGGCAGGAUAGUCACGCCGUCCUGAGAAGGCAAAUGAUGGAGAAUAUCGUUCAGCAGCAGGCGGAUUGCUUGAAAAAGUUUGAGAAAGGUGAAUUGAUCUCCUUGGACGAGUUGACUAAUUGGAAUCUGCUGGACGAGGAGAAGAAAAGUAAUUGGAGCUGCGCGAAACAGCUGGUUGCGUGCAGCAACAGUUUGACGAACGUUGCUCUGAGGAUACGCUUCAAUGAAUUCGACGAUUCGACGUUCGACGACAGCGUUAUCGAAAGAUGUCAAAAGGUCGCGGCCAAAAUGAUGCAGGACGGAUUGCGAAAUGUACCGUCUGAGUAUCUCAGCGAUGCUAUAUUACUUCAGUAUUCCGCGACGGGGCUGAAGAAUCUAUCGCGCGGCAAGAAGGUUGAGAGGAACGUUUUCGAGUUGUACAAGAUCGAUAAAGUCAAUAAUAUCAACUCGAACAUUUUGACGCAAGUCUUGUGGUGGUCCGAGUAUCUGGAUCAAGCGUGCGACAGUAGUUCCACGGAGGUGGACGGUCUACGAUUACACGUUGUUAGAACAGCUAGGAAAGAGGGCAAUUUUAAUUUAGCGAAACGAGAGAUGGUGAAAUAUUUGAAAUCAGAGCGGGACUCGAUCCGACUGAAUAUUCCGACCAGUUGCACUUUUACCGAGAUCACGAGCGGCAUGCUGAAUAACGGGCUAGUCGACGUGAAAUGGACCAAGAGUAGUAUGCGCGCGUUCAGAGAAAUGUCGAAAUUACUGUACGACAUGGAGAAGGCGAACGAGGCAUUGAAGAUGUGCUGCGUGACCGCGUUGGGAAUCUCGCGAGCGAUCGUUAGCGGCGAGCAGUCCGCCGAUUUACGGGAAACGGGAACCAAGCUCUUGCUCACUCUGGCCAAGUGGAUACAACAAGACGCAAAUGUGAAGGAGAAUCCCCAACUAGAGGAAUUGCUCAGAUUCGAAGCUAUGCACAACGAUGGCUUGAUGGACAAGCUGUUUGGCGAGACGAUCGACCUGAUUCCUACGUCGGAUAUGAUAAUCGGUAAAUUGAUGCAGCUCGGUGUGAAUCAGUGUCCUGAUUUACCGCGCGCCUGGUCCAGCUUUGCCGCAUGGUGCUACAAGUGGGGCCGGAAGAUCGUGGACAACUCCAAUUCUGGUCAAUUGACGGAUACCGACCGUAUAAACAUACAGUCCUUAUUGCCGAUGGAUAUAGCCGAGACCGAUCUCGACACUAUUUUCUCUAUACUGAGCCAGAACAAGACGAUACCCGAGGACGAGGGCGAUAUCGAUAUCAACGACAUAAACACAUCCGACAUGAUAGAGAGUCAAUUGAGGAACGUGUCGGUCCUGAGUCACGCCACUAACGAACAUCUCGGAAUGCUGGUCGACAUUUGGCGUCAGGCGCAGAAGAGAAUCUACUCGUAUUACGAGCUUUCGGCGAACGCCUACUUUAAGUAUUUACAAUUGGCGAAUAACGAUAGCAACGAGUGUGACACCAUCACGGCGACGUUGAGAUUACUGCGACUUGUGGUGAAGCACGCUCUGGAGUUACAAAACGUGCUCGAGGCCGGUCUCUCGACGACACCGACCGCGCCAUGGAAAGAGAUUAUACCGCAAUUGUUCUCGAGGCUCAGUCAUCCCGAGGCGUACGUGAGAACACAGGUAUCCGAGUUGUUGUGCCGAGUGGCCGAGAAUUCGCCGCAUUUGAUCACGUUCCCAGCCGUGGUGGGUGCGGUAUCCGGUAACCAGAAAAAGAUGUACGACAAGGUCGUUUACGAGAAGCCGGACGAUAACGAUAGCUCGCAGAACGAUAUGGACUUGAACGCUGUCGCGGAGGAGCAAGAAGAUGAGGAAAACGGGCAGGAGGAGGAAGAGGAAGAACAAGAGCAUGAGGAGGAGGAGGAGGUGAAUGAGGAUGAGGAUGAGGAUGAGGAUGAGGAUGAGGAUGAGGAUGAGGAUGAGGAUGAGGAGAGGGAAGAGGAGGGGGAGGAAAAUAAAAAGACGAAAAAGAAGAAAAAGGAGAAGAAUGUGGACGAAGAGGAGAUGGCAGCGGAAGCAAUAACCGUGUACAAUAACGAACACGAGAGUUUCAUGGAUUCCUAUUUUUCGCAGUUGGUCGAUUGUCUCUCGAGUCGCAUUCAGGAUUCGGUGGUUCAAGCGAAGGUGCUAGUGAGGGAACUCCGACGAAUCACGUUGCUGUGGGAUGAACUGUGGCUGGCGACAUUGUGCCAACAUCACGCGGAAAUUACCAAACGAUUCGAACAACUGGAGAUUGAGAUUCAGCGGGUGCAGGACAAUGUCUGGCUUACGUCCGAAGAAAAGGAUAAAUUGAUCGCGGAGAAGCAUAGGAUCAUUUUGAAACCGAUUACGUUUAUAUUGGAGAAUCUGCUGUCUAUGACGUCUGUACCUGCUGAGACACCGCAUGAGAAAACCUUUCAGGAGAAGUUUGGUGCUUCCAUAGAGGAGGUGAUAAAUCGACUCAACAAUCCCAAGAAUCCGGCAAAGCCCCAAGUGGCCAGUUUGGCCUUGAAACACUUGGAAAGCAAGUUGGCGCAACGGGUGCACCGACGAGCCGCUUACUCUUUGUCAAUGAUGGACAUCAGUCCUGUUCUGGCCAAUAUGAAGGACACCUGCAUCGCUAUGCCAGGCGUCGCUACCAUGGGCGUCGAUAACAGGAUCGUCACCAUCAUGUCGGUGGACAAUAACGUUCAGAUUCUACCGACGAAGACAAAGCCUAAAAAGCUGAUAUUCCAUGGAUCCGACGGACACGUUUAUACGUAUUUGUUUAAGGGACUGGAGGAUUUGCAUCUGGACGAGAGGAUAAUGCAAUUUCUUAGCAUAUGUAAUACCAUGAUGUCGAAGAAUAGCGAUACCAAGGUUUACAGGGCACGGCACUAUUCGGUGAUCCCGUUGGGUCCUAGAUCUGGUCUUAUUCAGUGGGUCGAUGGCGUGACGCCAUUGUUUAUACUUUACAAACGAUGGCAGCAGCGCGAGUGCGCUGUGUCCAGUAAGACCGGUGGUGGCAAUUCUGCGAUUAUGCGACCGUCAGAAUUGUUUUACAACAAGCUGACACCGUUGCUGAAAGAGUGCGGGAUUGGUUUGGAGAAUCGGAAAGAGUGGCCUAUUCACGUGCUGAAAAAAGUAUUGGAGGAAUUAAUGAGGGAGACUCCAAAGGAUCUACUAGCCAAAGAGAUUUGGUGCAACAGCAUAAACGCCGGCAGCUGGUGGCAAGCUACCAAAAAUUAUUCGUAUUCCGUCGCGGUAAUGUCCAUCAUUGGCUACAUCAUAGGUUUAGGUGACAGGCAUUUGGAUAAUGUUCUCGUCGACCUUAACACUGGUGAAGUUGUGCACAUCGAUUACAACGUAUGCUUCGAGAAAGGAAAAACUCUGCGCGUCCCGGAAAAGGUGCCGUUUCGCAUGACGCCAAAUAUUAAGACUGCUCUAGGAGUAACCGGAGUCGAGGGUAUAUUUAGGUUCGCUUCCGAGCAUACUCUAAGAGUGAUGCGUAGAGGUCGCGAGACGCUCUUGACCUUGCUGGAGGCGUUCGUAUAUGAUCCUUUGGUAGAUUGGCGGGCGGGUGCAGACACCAGUAUAGCGAGUUACGGCGCUUGCCAGGCCAGAGCGAGGUGCACCGGCGUUGGAAGGAAACAACUCGAGCAGGAGCUCACCCGUGCAAUGUUUGCAGUGAGAACAGCGGAGAUGCGCGCCGAAUGGUUGACUAAUCGAGAUGAAUUGGCUAGAACCUUGCCGUUGCUGUGCCAUCACUUGAACAGCUGGAUCGAGGCGACCGAGGCGUCGCGUCAGUGCCAGGAUUUACUGCAGGAUCGACAUCAGCAGCUCGCGCUAGUGAAGGAGGCGCAGGCGAUGGGUCGAAAUCACGCGUUAUAUUCGGUAGUGAAACGAUACAAUUCGUUCAAACGAGCGCGUGAUUCUCACGAGAAAGCAAAGACAGGCCUGAGGGAGAAGAUAGAGGAGUGCGAGAAACAGAUCAAUAUGCACAAUAUCGCGUUGGCCGCGGUGCGAGGACCUCAGCUAGGACAGUGGUUAGCGGAACUGGGAACCUUGACCAAUCAACAAGAUCACGUGGUAUUCGACCUUGUGAAAGAGUUCUUGCAGAACGCUGGACAAAGUCAAAUGAUAUUGCAAUGCGAACAGUCGGAAAACGAACUCACGCAAUUGGCCACCGACCAGGCCUUCUCCAUAAGCAAAUGUUUAGAGCUGUUGAGCCAAUAUUCCGCCAUCUGCAGCCUGUACCCUCUCAGCAGUCUGUCGCAACAUCGCGCUGUGCUCUAUCACGCUUGGGCGAACGAGCUGUUGGCCUCGGGCACCGUUGAAGCGUGCCACGAGGUCAUGGCGCGGUUCGAAGCGAGUCUAAAUCCAAUCAAUCCGAACAAUCCGCAAGUUCAGCAGAUAAUAACCCUCUCCUAUCAGCUGGAGGCGAUCUUGAACGAGUACAGCGAGAGAUACAAGAAAGCUUACGAGAGGACGGUAUCCGAAGGCUUGCCGGAAGCCGGUAAUAGAAUUGAGAAGGCGUACACCGAGUCGAGGGCACAAAUUAUGGGACUCGUGCGACGAGAGAAAGGCGCGGAGAGGGCGCUCGAAUGCGUCAACAUCACCGCACUGUGCGCCUUGAACCAACGAUACCUGAUGAUGGAGGGCGCCGCCAAAUGCGCUGGAGAUUGCUUGGUGGAUCUUACGUCCCGCGAGGGGGACUGGUUUCUAGACGAGAUGCGUCUCAUGUCUUCGUUGAUCGCCGAGUUGGUCACACUGAUACCCGAGAGCCAUAAGACCAACAACGAUCCCAAAAUCGCCCUUAUACUCAAAUGCCUCAAGAGCGCCGAUUGCAUCUACAAGGGUCUGCAGGAGCUUAACUACAACUUCCAGACCAUUAUAUUGCCGGAAGCGAUCAAGACUAUUGUCACGGAGGAGCCGAGCGUCACGCGAAUGAUAAGCGAGCUCGGUGAAAUCAUCGUGCUAACUGGAAUACCGCUCGGUGAUAUUCUGGCGCAACUCGAGAUGCAUCUCCGAUUUACUGUCAUGGAAAUGGAAAGCCCCCACGCGGUAGUACAGAGUAUAGUGACCAACAUGAGAUUACGUUUCGAGGCGUUAUUGUCGCGACAGGCGGAAGUUCAGGACUUGAAUCAGGAGGAGACUUUGACGCCGGGCCAGAUGUUGCUGAUGGGUUUUAACGGUCUAUUUGAGAAACUGCAAAUGGAAGGUAACUCCUUGGUGGCUACUCUGAGUUCCUUGGACAUUCCGAUGAAUUGGAAGAAGAUCGAUCAGAUACGCGAGGCCAAGGAGAUGUCGGCGCCCAUCUUCAACAAGGCGGCCCGACAAGUUCUCGAAGACAUAUUUCUGAUCAAGAGAUUGCACACUAUACAAGAGUUCUUCAUGAUGUGCAGGGACAUCGCUACCGCGUUCAAGGGCGGAUUGGCGAAUGUAUACGACGACGAACGGCUCAACAAGCCCGUCCGCGUGUUCACGGCCGAUUACGUUUCGAGGCAGUUGCUCGGGGUAACGUCGCAGACGUUGGGGAUUGCCUUGUGUUUCCUGCUGCAACGAAUGGGUCUGAAUGUAACUACAGAGAUCGAGCAAAGAGACAUUGGGGCGGAAAGCAAGGUCUCUCUCGAGGAGCUCUGUCGGAAGAUGGUGGAUCUAUGCUUGAAGAGGGGCUUGUUCUCAGGCUCGGUCUUGACGCAAGCGGGCGCGUUGAGUAGCACUUUAGAGAGCGCCUGGCGACGAAAGCAGGCUGCCAGAUUGGCGCAGCAGAGCGCCGAGGUAGCCAGGGUCAGUCUUCAGAGACUUCAACUUCAACAGACGGCUUAUCAUUGGCUGCACGAAGAUAUCCUGAUGAUGAGGCCCAACAUAAGUUCAAUUAAUCCAAUGAACCCGAUGAAUCCGAUGCAUCCCAUGAAUCGCUUAAAUCGUUCUACCUUCAUGCUGGAAUUACGAAAGAAGGCAGCAAAACUAUCCAACUUACAGUCGCGAGUGUGCGAGGCACGCGAGCAACAACAGAAUCUCGUUUCGAGUGCUAUACAACGUCUUAAGUGGGCCGCCGGUGCCAAUCCAGCCCUGGGCGAAGUCAUGUCCGCGUUUGACAACGCGGUAUUGUCAUCGUGCGAUAAAUUGACCAGGCAACAUAAUCUAGCCGUGAUGGUGGUGAAUACGUGCAAUUCUAUAUUGCACUACGAGGCUCUGAGAACCAGGACGUCGGAGAGUGUGACACACGAUGCCAACUUGGCGAAAUUGAUCAAGCACUGGGAGGAAAGCUGCGUACUGACGGUCAAUCUGAACAUCACUGUUACCAUGACAGAGGAAAGUCUCGUACAGCUGCUACAGCUCGAGAAUAACGUAGACGCCACGUGGUUGAAGCAGGCUGAGAAAAUCGUGUCCGAGGCGAUAAUUGAUACUCAGAAAAAGCUGCAGGAGAGACAGGAAGCUCUCUUCACCACCGAGGACUAUUUGAGAGAACGGGUGAGGAAUCUGCAGAACGUACUCGCCGAGCAUCACCGACUAAUGUCGGACAUUCGAGCGUUGCUAAAGACAAUGGCCAAGCAAGAGAACAUUGAUGGUCUGCAGGACUUUUUGUUCGCCUAUCGAUCCUUUACGGAGAACAUUUCGGCAAUAGUGAAGGAAUUGGAGGCCGAGAAUUUUGACUCGGCUCGCGGCAUGGUGAUGAAGAAAGAAUUGGAAGCGAUGGCGACUAAAGUGCCCAGCCUGUACAAUAGAUUGUUGGAGUUUGCGAGCGGACGCAAGCUGAAUUCGACCAAGUCCGCGGGCAAUCUGCCAAAGAGGAGGAGGAAGAGGAAGAAGGGUAAACUGAUGCGCCAGGACAGCGUAUACUUGAGCCCGAAAAAGGGGACGCCGUUGGCCAGAGAUCCGACCACGGGCAAGGCUGUGCAAGAGCGGAACGCCUACGCGCUGAACGUGUGGCGCCGCGUGCGUAUGAAACUGGAGGGCCGCGAUCCGCAACCGUCGCGCAAGUACAGCACGGCCGAACAGGUGGAGUACGUGAUACGUGAAGCGCUGAGCAACGAUAAUCUGGCCUUGUUGUACGAGGGCUGGACACCGUGGGUCUGAACGAACGACGGCUGGCGCUCGCGCGCCCCGAUGGCUCGACACUCGUCUCACACGGUACUUCAAUUCGUACCGUCAUACCUGCGUCGUCCUACGUCGCCGUAGGAGGCAAAACACUCCGCUCUCGAAACCAGCUGAUGGAGUGUUCAGUAAAAACGUCAUCCGGGAAAUAAGUCGGUUUUACAGCUCGAUCACGGAUCGAUCUUUCCGACGCGACAAUUGAAAAUCCACUGUGCCGAGUGCUGAUUCUAUAGUUAUCUCAAGAAAUGAGGUUGACGCGCGCGCGUCUACGAUCUGUUACACUUGAGGAUAACGAGUGUAUCUUUCUUUUCUUUUAAGGGGAACGAGAAUCACGAGCAUGUACGAUGUCAACGAAUGACCGCAGAGUAAAUAGUAUUAUUCUUUUGGAAGUCACAAAUUUUUUGGGGUAAAUGUAGAAUCGGUCACGUAUCUUUACGCUAACAGUGUAGUCGCGAGAAGUUCGGCUGACGAUAUUGACGGAAAGUCUGAUAAUGAUGAUAAUGACGAUGACGAUGAUGAUGAUGAUAAUGAUAAUAAUAAUAAUAAUAAUAAUGACGAUGACGAUGACGAUGACGAUGACGAUGACGAUGACGAUGACGAUGACGAUGACGAU